UGAUGGGUCACUACGCUGAUACUUUUCCAGAUAAAACCAAGGAGAUACACCAAACAUUUUAUCUUAUCACAGAAGCUUCACCACCAUUUGCCUCUUGGAGGGAACGUAUAUCUAUUAACUUAUUAGGAUCCCAAAAGGAGAGAGGGAAUAUAAUAAUAGCCUUGGCUGGAACUAAUAAGGUCAGACGGGAAUACCUAAUUUUCACUGGGUUUAUUUAUCCAAGAUAUUCUUAUGAAACUUUUCUUGAUGUAAAUAUUCCUGGAAACAUUACAGCAGUUGAAUUUCAGUGGGAAAUGCAUCCAACGUGGCAAAGAAUUGGCUACAUGGGAGCACAACAAGUCACCAUAGUCUAUGGAAAGAAUGGUCAACAAUCUGUAUUUUGUGGCAGCAAUACUGUUCAGCCCAACGUUUGGCAAAAGCUUACACCAUGUUGAAGCACG